AUGAAAUUGUUCCUACUUUUUGCAUUCUUAUUUUCUGUGGCUCACGGUCAAAAGCUAAUCAAUUUGAACACCCUGAAAGGAGGAAACGAGGUGAACCAGUUGAAUUCCUAUGCACCAUGUGGAAUUUACGUUUCGGCGGCUUCGGAUAAUACAGCAACUCUCCAAAAUAUUUUUGUGGUCCAGAAAGAUGGAACUAAAACAUCACUAUAUGAUAUCAAAAGCAAAACAAGCAAUGGAAAAAUGACACCAUUGGUUGUUAUAGAUACUGCCACUCUUACAACUUCUCUGAACACAAAUGUUCUCAAAGGACUGAAUGGAGUCAUUUAUUUGAGCCUCACAGCGCAGUAUAAUAAUAAAAACUUCAACGUCUACGACGUCAGCAGUACCUUCAACUUCAACCUUAAACCUGUCACCGUUGAGACUCUGACUCUUUUCCUGAACACUUAUCGAGGAACCAAUCCACUUCAAUCCUCUAUCAUCUCUCAAUGGAACCAAGAUCCGUCUAGCUCUUCAUAUAUCUACGCAGGAAUCCCUCAAGACCAAACGGAAUCCAAAAACACUCAGAUUUUCUCGAAUCCUGUAGUUUCUGACAAGUUCACUCAAUACUUUUCAAACGUUGAGAAAUUCACGUUGGCUUCUACUGUGGCAUUUUACUUGAGAACAUCCAAUGGAGGACCAAGUUUUAGAGUCGAGCCGGGAAGUUGGAACAUUGGCGAGUCCACAACCAGUGCGUACAGUACCACUGGAUUCUUCAUGAGGCCACAAGGAAAAAUGGAUGGUACUGUAACAACAGUGCACAUAAAAAGAGAUACAAGCUACUCGGGAACUUCUGGAGCUAAUAUGCUCGGUAGCCUUGAAAACCGUGGAAAAGUAUCCGUUAGCUACAACGAUGGUGCCUCGGCAUAUGACGACAACACUGUACCAAACCCAUUCUUCUCUCCAUGGAGCAUUCCAGUCAUUGGGGAAAAUCUGAAAAUCAGCGCGACGUCAGGAGAAUCCGGAUAUUACUACGUACAGUACUUUGUACUUCAAGGUGGAAAGAAAGGAUCUCCAACAAGUGGUCCUGGACAAAUUGAGACAACAACCAAAGCUUCGGGAGCUCCAACUGUUCCAAAUCCAGGAGCUCCAACUGUUCCAAAUCCAGGAGCUCCAACUGUUCCAAAUCCAGGAGCUCCAACUGUUCCUGGCCGCGUCGAGACCACAACCAAAUCUUCGGAUUCCAUUAAAAUCUUAUUUCCGAUUUUAAUUUUCAUUAGCUUCACCUGGUCCGUUUAA